CUCGCUCGCCCCAACGCUAUUAAGACUAUUUUCGCAACGCGUUUUAGAGAUGUCCCUCCUGGCGCACGGUCUCAGUGUGGUGUAAAUCUGAUGCGAAAACACAGACAGAAUAAAGAACUGUAUAAAUGAUUGUGAUUAAGCAGAUAUUCAGCGUUUCCUGCUCCUGCUGUGUCUGUAUGAGCACAGAUAUGUCAAAUGUCAGCAGCAGGACUAAUGGCUAGAAUAAACAGGACAUUUGUGUUGAGUCUCCUCAUCGCUGCCAGCUCCAUAUUCCUCCUCUUCCAGCUCUAUAACUACAGACAGUAUUCAUCACAGAAUGGACUUGACGCAUUGAGUAGUAAAGGAUAUCUGUCCGGAAAAGAGGCGCAUUGGCAUUUGCUGAAGAGGUUCCUGGGGCUGGUCCAUAAGUUUAAAUUGCCUGUGUUUCUGGUCGACACUGCAUCUCUGAACCUCCUGUCCCAGGAUGCAGUUCUCUACAGGGACAGUCAGCUGAAAGAGCCCCACUGCAGUUUCCUCUGCACACACAGGGACUUCACAACCUUUGCACUUUUCGGAAACCUCUGGAAAUAUGAUGCCGCCUUAUUGGAUGCAGCAGCGGAGCGAGGUCUGGAGCUGCUGGAGGUUCAUGGGAAAGACCCCAGACUGAUCAGCAUGGAUGAUCUGACAGCAAAAGAAAUACCACUGCACUUCCUGUUCCGCUUUAACAGUCGUCUGGUUCACGUGGUCGUUCUGUACGAGCGCAGUGGGAAGUACCUCUGGCACGGCCCUCUCAGGCUGAGAAGCAGUAUGGACAGAACAUUCGCCCCUUUCGGAAAACUGGACUUUGGCCAUCAUGCUGGGGCCUAUGACAGCUGUGUGGACUCUAAUUCUGACGGCACCCAUUCACUGCAGAGCAUCCAUUGGCCAGAGCUCAUUCUAACCACUCUUGAUGGCCUUGACGUAAGAAUCCCCAAAAACUACUCCCGUUUCCUCCAUGAGCAUUCCAGCAGUCGCUUUCUGGAGUGUCACUGCAAAGAAGCCAAGGCCUUUUACCAGCUGUAUCCAGAAGACACCUCUCCAGAGGCUGUGGACUUUAGGAUGAGGGCUAAAAGUCUGCUUCAUCUUGCUUCUAAAGUCCUCUCUGUGCUUGGAGUUCCCUUCUGGCUCAGCAGUGGAACCUGUCUUGGUUGGUACAGGCAGUGUAACAUCAUUCCUUACAGUAAAGACGUCGAUCUGGGCAUAUGGAUAAAAGAUUACAGGCAUGACAUCACUCAGGCAUUUCAGAAGGCUGGUCUCCCACUGAAACACAAGUUUGGGAAGGUUGAGGAUAGUUUGGAGCUCUCCUUUCAGGGAAAUGAUGUGAAACUGGACAUUUUCUUUUUUUAUGAUGAAGGUGACAUUGUCUGGAACGGAGGCACACAGGCAAAGAGUGGCAAAAAAUUCAAAUAUGUGUUCCCACGAUUCAGUUUGUGUUGGACUGAGCUGAUGGAGCUAAAGGUCAGAGUUCCCUGUGAAACCGGGGACUAUGUGAUGGCCAACUAUGGACCCAACUGGAAUGUUCCUGUGAAAACCUGGGACUGGAAGACCUCUCCGUUCAACGUACACGAGAAUGGUGUGUGGCCUGUGAGGGAAUGGGAUGAUGUCAUUCAAGUUUACUGAAGCAUCAUGGGAGUUAAAGUAUCUUGUUAUACUCCAGUUAAAAUGGGUCAUUGCAGUUACCCUAAGCUACUACAAAGUCGAAAGUUAGCCCCUGUGUUCCUUUAAAGUCUGCAGACAUUGACUGCCUUUGUAACACUAAGAGAACAAUGAAAAUCUAAUGUGGUGAAGAGAUUUGUUUUAUUCAUUGAAAUCAUCGGUCUCUAAAUCAAUUCCUGGAGGGCCACAGCUCUGCACAGUUUAGCUCCAAUCCUAAUAAAACACCUGGUCCAGCUGAUUAAGGUCUUCAUGAUCAUUUAGAAUCUUCCAAGCAGGUGUGAGUUGGGAGCCGCAGAGCUGUGGCCCUCCAGGAAUCAAGUUUGAGAACACUGAUGUAAAUAAUCUGUCCUAUCAAAGAAGGAAGUUUCCUAUUUGAUGCGAGAAUGUGUAAAUAAAUUGCUGCUGUGUAUUGUCCUGGGUACUGAUAUGUAUUUUGUUUUUAUUGAAUAAUAAACUCCAGUGUGAACUA